GUGUUGGAGAGGAGUGAGCAGCUGCCCGGGAGAACAAGAAAAGAGGCAAUUCCGUGACCGUAAAGGGACUCACAAUAAGCGGACAGAUAUGGACGUUGGAGCGCAACGCGGACGACGUUGUGCUUUGUGAGCAAGGACCGCGUCGUCCGGUCGGAAAGAUCCGGUAUAUGAAGAGUUAAGACUCGACAUCCCAACUGUUUAUUUCAGCAGCUAGCAGGCUAGCUGGCUAGAUACCUAAGAGCUAGAAAUGGGAAGCCCGUGUGAGUCGGCUUGAUAGAGAUCUUCGUCGAGCUUUGAAGAAGCAGCUCUCGGCUUUAGAUACCGUCGGCGGUGAUUUAAAGUAUCCGCCUCGUGAGUAGCUGCAACUUUGAAGAAUGAUAUGAACUGAGCGCUAACCGUUUCACUACUACAGCCCCGGAGAGGGAAAAGUCAUACAGGACUGCUGGCUGAAGUUUGCACACUACCACCAGGAAGAGGGAACAUGAAGCACUGGCCACUGCCAGAGACUGGCACAGGGCAGCUGUGCCAACCCCGCCCCUUCCUGCCACUUUAGAAGCUACCCGUUUUACACCAUGACGGAGAGGCAUUGAGGUUAGCUCCCUGACGAUCAUCUCAAUACCUCUCCUCCUCCCUGUCCCUCAACACCCCCAGCCCCUGCCCCGUCCCCACCAUGCUGCGCUUCUUGCCUCUCAAACUUGGCCGCCUGUACCGCUGUCUGAAGCUCCUGUUGGUGGUGGGAUUGUUUGUCAUCUUGUUGAUGAACACCCACAACCUGUUCGCCUCCUUCCAGAAGAAUGAGCUCACUGACAGACGAUUCAUCAACCUCAACAAGUGUCCCGCCUGUUUUGGCACCAGCUGGUGCCGUAAGUUCAUGAACGGCCAGGUUUCUUUCGAGACAUGGGGUCGCUUGCGAUUUCUAGACGUAUUCAAUGUCAAGAAUGUUUACUUCGCGCAGUACGGCGAGCCCAGGGAGGGCACUCGCCGUGUGGUGCUCAAACGGCUCGGCUCCAACCAGGAGCUGGCCGAGAUAGACCAGAAGAUCUGCAAGAGGGCCACGGGCAGGCCGCGCUGUGACCUCAUUCAGGCAAUGUACAAGACUGAGUUUGCUCGGAUCAACGGCGACGUUCGCCUGCUCACUCCAGAGGUGGUGGAGGGCUGGUCAGACCUUGUGCACUGCCCCUCUCAGAGACUGCUGGACCGCGUGGUCCGCAGGUAUGCUGAGACCAAGGACUCAGGCAGCUUCCUGCUAAAGAACCUCAAGGACACAGAGAGAAUGCAGCUGCUUAUGACAUUGGCAUUCAACCCGGAACCACUCGUACUACAGAGCUUUCCGUCAGACGAAGGGUGGCCGUUCGCCAAGUACCUGGGAGCAUGUGGGCGCGUGGUUGCCGUCAACUACGUGGGCGAGGAGCUGUGGAGCUUCUACAACGCACCGUGGGAAAAGCGGGUGGAUUUAGCGCGCCAGCUGAUGGACAUCGCCGAGCAGCUCACCAACAAUGACUUUGAGUUCGCCCUCUACCUGCUCGAUGUCAGCUUUGAUAACUUUGCGGUCGGCCCUCGUGAUGGAAAGGUCAUCGUUGUUGACGCGGAGAACGUUCUCGUGGCAGACAAAAGGCUGAUCAAGCAGAACAAGCCAGAAAGCUACGACGUGUGGUAUGAGAGCCGCUUCGAGGAGUGCGACAGGGAGGCCUGUCUGUCUUUCUCCAAGGACUCCCUUUGUUCCAGGGUCACUGUGGACCACAACUACUAUGCCGUGUGCCAGAACCUGCUGUCACGGUACGCUACGUGGCGGGGCACCACCGGAGGCCUCCUCCACGACCCGCCCGCCCACAUAGCCAAAGAUGGACAACUCGAGGCUCUGUUGGACGAGUGCACCAAACCCAAAAAGCGCUACGGUCGCUUUCAAGCGGCCAAAGAACUGCGUGAAUACCUCACACAGCUAGCUGCCGCUUCCUCCUCUGCCACGGCCAGGUAAUGAAUGGAGUCGGCGUUAGCCCCGACGCACUGACAGACUGGAAUCUGUACUCUUUAUCUCUGGACUCUUGAGAUCCCUGGUUCUUGUACAUGAUGUCAUUUGUUCCCCUUUUGUGCGCUGGAGCAGGAAGGUGUUAGGUCUUGCAUCAGGAAAUGUAAGAAUCAAACUUCAAAGCAGAUUUGUUAAAGCUCUAGCUUUUACCUGACUUUGCUCCCGUGUGAAAGAGGAGUGUGGCGCUACAAAAUUCUGGUUAGAACCAGGAUAGAGAGGGGAUAGAGGUAACCUCUCCCCUCCCAGGGUGGGCUGCCAUCUCUGGGGGGGAGACAAGAAAGGGCUCUGGUAAACGCAUCCUUCACCGGACCCAGGCUAACGCAAACCAGAGCGUCCAAGUAACGGCAGCAGCAGCAGCAACGUCACACAGCCCUGACCACAUCCAUCCUCCUGUUCACACCUCAAUCCAUCAGAUCUGUUGUGUUUUAAACAUUGAAUCUUAACAGCUGUUAUUUUUGGCCCACAUGAUAUCUUGUUUUUUGUGUUUUUGUUGGUGUUUUUAUUUUUUGUUCAGGGCUGAACUUAAGUCGAUUGGUGCGUUUACAUUUUUUGCUGUGCCAUGACUUUUUUUUUUUCCCCCUCUGUAGCGCUGCUGCUGCAGGGAAGGUGGAGGUAGCAUGAAUCUCCGACUGUCAGACAGCAGGGAAGGCCGAGCUCCGGCAGGUAGAGGGGAGAGGCAGGGGUUCGGGGGGGGGUUGGAUUUAAUUCAAGAGAAAAAGAAAACCCCUUGACAGCUAUAUAAGUAUAAUUUCCUGCUACUCCACUCAAUCACUCGAUUUCCAGGUUCCAGAAUUGUGGCAAUCAUCUUUUUUUUGUGUGUUUCCUUUUUUUUUUUCUUUUCCUUUUAUUAGGAACCAGAGAGAGUAAGACAGCUGCACAUAGGAGAAAAGAAGGCGAUAAUUGGACAUUGGUGGUCCCUUGAUGCAGAUGUGCCUAUACCAAAGAGGCUAUUUGUAAUUUUAAAAACACCGAGCGGUACAGAGACGGCACCUCUCCCUCCAGUUGUUCCCCACUAGAUCGGUCCAAAAACACCAAUCUUAUAUAUGAGCUUUCAGGCCUGCAUACUGAUUUUUAUCCUUCUUCUAGGAACCAAAUCCGGAGGUCUAAGACAAAAAACUGGCCAUACCGAAUGUCAGAUUUGUUUUUCUUCAACAAGACAGAAAACUCUUGACCAAAAAGAAGAUGUCACAAACAUCAUCGUGGUGGCCUCCAGUGUCAGAUUCUCUUUUUAAAUGUUUGUAAUUGAUGAAUGAACCCCAUUGUCAAACCUGUCCCACUUGCACUGAGUGCAACGAGCUCAGUCAAGUCAACGGUAUUAAAGGGAAUGAAGACAUCCUAAAAAUUAACUUUUCUUGCUUCAGAACCGGCGUCUGACCUGUACUUUUUAAAUUUUGCAGACUAGAAAUUUGUGUUGAAUAUUUAAACGCUCAGCACCACUUAGAGGUUGGGUUGAUUUUACACUCAGUGGACCAACAAAUUAAAGCAUCAUCACAAAUAUAGGCUCAUUUGGUAAUGGAUUACGAGAGAUCUUACUUAAACGAGAGAAGAAGAAGUAAAAAAAAAAAAAAAAAAAGAAUUAAAAUCCUGUCUCUGGCUCCAUAUGUUUUGUAUGUCAACUGUUUUGAUGUUGUAAAUCAGAUGCUAAAUGCCCAGUGGAGUGUUGUGUAGCACAGCCAACAGACAGGCCAAUAAUCAACUUAAUAUGAGCUACUCCAUCUGCGGGGGAAACUAGAAAGCACAGCGGUUGCUUUUUCUUUUUCUUUUUUUGGCCUUCUGCAGGACCCGGAGAGCUGAUGUGACCAUUGCCAGUAAGGAAAAGCAAUAAAGACGAGUUUGGCUAAUGGAUUUCUGAUUUUGAAUCCUCCCACCCUUCCCUCCUUUUGUUGUGUUAAAUAUGUUUCUGUUUUCCCCAGUCUGGAGGACGGUCAACCUGGAGGGAUCUGUUCAUGCGUAACUGUCCACUUUUGUACUGUAUUUUUCUUUUCGAGUAUUAUAUCAGCAUUGUCUGAUUUUUCCUGUGCCUUUCAUUCAAAAGUUGUAUUUACAACUUUUAGUGGGUUUAAAUAUUAAAAAUAAAUGAAGAUAUAUAUAUAUAUAUAUAUAUAGAUAUAUAUACACUUA